AUGGCUGCCUGCUGUUCUUUGGAGGAUCAUCUGACAAGAUUCAAGACUGAUACAAGGCCCUAUUCAGUUCAUAGAGACUAUUAUCGGAUGAUGGGUUCACAGGAUCCUGUUCUGGCGGCUGACAAGGCUAAUGUAACGGAGGCCUCAGUGCGCGGGCUGGGUGUUCAUGUGUACUUUGGAACAGUAAAGCUUGUCCUACUUUAG